AUGUUUGGUGUUUGUUGUGUAGCCCUGGUGAAGCUCUUGUUCUGCCCAAGGUGUACCCUUUAAAGGCCCUUCAAUAAAUACCUACUUUAUUCUCUAGUUCUAGUCUCUGUUUCAGGUCAGCCUUCCCAAGGAAUCAAUUUAUUUCGCUGAAAAUGAAUUGAUGGUGAACUCUUCUUUCUCCAGUUUUCCUUGGCAAGUCAGAAACUCCAUAAAAAGUCAGCUUUUGCUAGACUUUUCUUAAUUCUUUUCUAGAGUUCCCUUGUACAGGUAAAAUUAUGUACUCAAGGAGAACCCAUUCUAUACAAAAUCUGAUUUUGCAGCACUCUCCCUGGUGAUGUGGUUUCCCUAUCAAACAUCUGUCUCUGUGGGGGUGGGAAGUGUUGCUUCCAGCCUGUUGCUGGAAGAACAGGCUUUCUUAUUGUUAUUGCCUUCUCUGGAUACUUUUUGGUAAUUUCUUAUGUCACUGAUUAAAGCAAAUUGUUGCUCUUCAGUGUAAUGUUGUACAAAGGGGAUAUUACCUGUGCUAGUGAGAAAGCCAUAUUGGGCAAUUUAAAUUAGGCUGGAAGAGAAAUCAAUGUAUAUUUUCAACUUGGUCCCUCUGUUAGACCUUAACUGUCAUUACUAUUCAUACUUAAAUUGCAGAGGCUUUUUUUUUUUUUUUUUUGCAGCCAGUUAGCUGGCUGCACCUUAGUAGCCUCCAUGACCUUACCUGAGUAGCCUCGCAAGCCUGGUUGUGUAGGAUGGAAUUCGGUCACAUCUCUGGCAAGAGUGGUUGUACUGCUGGGAAAGGGGUCUUCAGGGUCUUCAGGAGCCUCUGUCCUCUCAGUGAGUGCAAUGGCUGAAGUUUGGAAAACUACUUUGAGCUUUGGGGAGGGCCUGUAGUGUCAUUAGAACAAAGAGGGCUGGAGGAGUAGAUAAAAUCCUUGCGCUGUCUCGUUUGGGCUGGGCAUGAACCAGCAGCAGCCUGACCUGCUGUGGGUGGCAUGAGCUUCCCUCAUACAGGAGGCCAUGCUCCCCACUGCAGCAUCUUUCCUUUCCCUGUCAGCCUAAUCCGAACGUUAGGAGAGGUUGGUUUGGGAGUUCCAGCACCCACCUUGGGCAUUUCGAGCCUGGGCUGGGGACAUACCGGUGCCUUCGCUUGCAAGAUGGUGCCAUUUGUUCAGUCCACUGCUAUUGUAACUGAGAUUCUUACAAUGACCUGCAUUGCUGUGGAAAGACACCAAGGAAUUGUGCAUCCACUAAAAAUGAAGUGGCAGUACACCAAUAAAAGAGCUUUCACGAUGCUUGGCAUAGUCUGGUUACUAGCCCUUAUUGUUGGGUCGCCCAUGUGGUACGUGCAACAGCUUGAGGUUAAAUAUGACUUUCUAUAUGAAAAAGUACAUGUUUGUUGCUUGGAAGAAUGGGCCAGUCCCAUUUAUCAGAAGGUCUAUACAACCUUUAUUCUUGUCAUACUCUUUCUUCUUCCACUGAUGCUGAUGCUUUUUUUGUACACUAAAAUUGGCUAUGAACUCUGGAUUAAGAAACGAGUAGGAGACGCGUCAGUUCUUCAAACUAUUCAUGGGAGUGAAAUGUCUAAAAUGUCAAGGAAGAAGAAGCGAGCAAUUGUUAUGAUGGUGACAGUGGUGUUUCUCUUUGCAGUCUGUUGGGCCCCUUUCCACGUGAUUCACAUGAUGAUGGAAUACAGUAAUUUUGAGAAGGAGUAUGAUGAUGUGACAAUCAAAAUGAUCUUUGCAAUUGUCCAGAUCAUCGGAUUCUUCAAUUCUAUUUGCAACCCUAUUGUGUAUGUUUUCAUGAAUGACAACUUCAAGAAAAAUUUUUUGUCUGCCCUCUGUUUCUGCAUUGUGAAAGACAGCGCAUCCCCAAGCAGGCAGCUUGGGAACUCAGGAAUUACCAUGAGGAGACAAAAGCCAAGUUCAUCUCAGAGAGAUCCCAUGGAUUUGAAUGAAGGCAGGAGGGAGGCAUUCAGUGAUGGCAACAUUGAGGUUAAGUUCUGCGAUCAGCCAGCUUCCAAAAGGAAUUUGAAAAAGCACCUGGUUCUGUUCAGCUCUGAGCUUACUGUGCACUCUGCAGUAGGAAGCGGACAGUAGCAUCACAAGAGGGUUGGGAAUGGAGAAGUCAUUCUCUUUAUGAUCAUUUCGAUAAGCCAUUGCUACUUUGCAUGCUGAAAGGAGGGUGGAAAAUGAUGUGUGGAUGCUAAUAAUGUUGGGAUAGUGGCUGAGAAAAUGUAAUAUUUGUUUUGUAAUGACAAGGAGUAAAGCUUGAGGAAACAACAUUACUGUAUGGUUCCCAGAAGAAAAAAAAUUCUUCCUGAGCUAAUUUUAGGGCUUGUUUGCCCUCUGCUUUAGGUAAACAAAACAACAGCUCCUUGCUCCGUUAUUUCUGUGUGUGGACUGUACACAGCUGAAUGCCAGAAGACAGGAACUAUGGAGAAAAUAUGCACCUUUUUGGGACAACUUGGAAGUCUGAUGUGGGGCUGACAUUGUAGGAUCUGUUCUCUGGAGCUUUGAGGACAAAGCAUCUUCAGAUCUGAGUUCAGGAAAGAUGGAGACUGAGAUGCAAUUCUAUUUUAGGAAAAAGGAAGACAAUAUGGAAGAGUUAUCCAGAACAUGACUCUGAAGAGAUUUAAGACUUAAACAUCGCAUGCAUGUUCAAAUUUUGUUAACAGGAAGCAUAUUAGUAAUUAACAAUGCAUGCAUAAUUACUGUGCUGUUUUUACAGGUUAAUUCUUGGGUACAAAUUUAAAUGCCAUUGUAGUGCCCUGCAAACUGCAUUGUUCUGCUGGAAAAUGGAGAAGCCAACAAAGUGCUGUACAAGAGAGUGCAGAUGCAGGAAGUGUGGUCUGUAAACACUGAAUUGAACUUGAAGUCAUGCUUGGACAUGUGACUCUCAGGUUGAAAGGGUGGUGUUGCCAGUUUCUGGAGGGUUAUAAGGGCCAAUCCAGAGCCUGUUGGAACUUCACAGAAGACUUUCAAUGGAAUAUCAUGGUCUUUUGACCAGACACUUCUCUGAAGACAUGCUUGUAUUUUUCUGUGUGUCCAUAAUUUUCAAUUGCUGUCUGAGAACUGGGCCAGUGCUUUGUUAUUUUAGGCUUCACAGUAAAUUGCGGGGUUGAUAUCCACAUAAAUUCCGAAUGUUUUUGCUCUCAGUGGGCCAAACUGCAAAAUUGCAAAGGUAUGUUUGCAAGUGUGGAACUGGAGGAGAAGUGUGAUCCAGACUGGCACACUGGCAUCUGAUCCCAUAAAUGAGGCCUUGAAAUACAGAAUUUGCCACUCCAGCUGAGGUUAGGUUGGAUUCUUGAACAGCCUGUAACAUGUCAGUGCUCUCUUCUGUCACCCCUUGCCUCACCUGUAGGAUCUUGGUGCUACCUUGGCAGUCAAUUUAAGAUUCUUUUACAUUGCUGCUUUACACUUCAUUAUAAAUGAAAACUUAGGAUAAAAUAGCCUUGUAUAAUUUGGAAAUGAUCUGAUCCUUCUCUCAUGUAUACAGAUUGCAAUGGGUUGGUGACACACUUUAUUUACAUAUAUAUUUUUCUAUUCUAUAUGAUGCACUUAUGUAAUGACAGAAAGUUCCUGACUUGUCCUGAGGGCCAGGAAUUAAGAGUUUGAUGGGUUAUUAUCAUAGUUUUCCUCAACAGAUGUGAGGUUUAACUGCCUGAUGAUGAGAAUUAUGUGUUUGGAUAGAAUCUGUGACUGAAAACUAAUUUAUUUUAAGCUAUUUAUUUAUUUGCACUGCUAAUUUCAGUGACAGAUUUUAACAAGCAUUUAACCAAAACUUCCAAGUAUCUUAUGUUUUUCUUUUGUCUUAUGUGCUUCUUCUGUUGUCUCAUAAAACAUUGUGUCAAUGAAUAA